GCCGCUUUGAGCCUCGUUGCCUCUCCCUACCGGACCAUGUCUCGGCGACUGACCGAAGAGCUGUCAGGCCUGUCAGCGGCCCUGCUUCGGCCAGACAACGGGAGCCAGAGUUGAGAGAUAUCUUGAGUGGGGAGACGUUCCCUGUUUUGCGAUGGGUCUUCUUCCAACUUGUCAGGUUGGCUUCGAUCUCGAAUGGCACCCAAGAGGUUUUCAGAAGAGUGGAGGCAGGAUCCUCUUGGAUGUCUUGGAGUGUGGAAAGCGUCGUCAACAAGAGUACCCACUUCCCAUAUCAAUUCCACUUUCCAGCUUCUCGCCAAGAGAUAUUGAGGUCAAAAGGCAUCACGCAAUCAGAUGGAUUGUGGCCAUCCUUUCAGCCCCCUUGCUGCCCCUGGCGGUUUCCUGCCGGGUUGUUGAUCUCGGACGAGCUGUCCGAUUCUCACCAGCUCUUACAGCGCCUGCCCCCGUCUUAUCCGUCCUCCUGCUCUCCCAUCCUAUCGCUUCUCGCCGACCCAAAUUCGUGGUUGCAAAGCUGCCUUGUUCCGGAUACAGCAGUCGACAGGAUCCGGUCCCGUCGUCUGGUUGCAUCGCUGGCCCAAUCACCCAGACGUCGACCAAUUGCAGACCUACCCUACGUCAUUGACACAUUCCAAGCUUUACCUACUACACACUACACUAUUCCCUAAUACCUACCCAGCAGCUGUCAGCUCAACUGCCGCCGAUAUCUUCGCUGCGUGCGCGACACAGAUCAGAUUGCGAAAAGGAAGAUCGUACACCAGAACCGUUCCGAGAGCUGUUGUUGUGCCACUUGACGGCCGCUUCCCGUCCUACCUACACCAUCUUCCAUUUAGGGGGCAGGCACAGUGCACCGUCUGACGACCACAGGCGCAUCUUUAAUACCUAACUUUCCCCCACCCCCCACCUACACCACCUUCCUCCCAUCCCUCACGCUAUCUGCGCCACGAUCCAUCCAUUGACCGUUGGCAGCCCGUUCUUUUUCGGUUUUCUCGUAUACCAGAGCGAGACCCAGGGCAGCUGUGCGAGAUCUCCCUCUCUCCAAUUUUCAAUUGGUUUUUUUUUUUUUUUUGAGCUGCGGCAUCACAUUCGUUUGCUUCUUCGACCCUUGGUAGUUGGAAUUGGAGUUGGAGAACUGGAAUUGGAAUCGAAAUUUGGAGACUACCCAUCUUAGCAUCCCUCGCUCCAGCCAUGGCUCCGUCCCUCUUCAACUUUAAGGAACUGCGGAGGCGGUCCAGGCAAAGCUUCCGGACCGAACGAUCGACCGAUACGUCUAGCGACGCCAGUAACGGUACUACUCCUACUUCCGGGUCCUCGACGCCGCCAUCGAUCGGCCAGCAAUCCGAUCCCGCUUUGAAUCUGCAAUUGGCAGACAAAUUCCUCUCCCCGUCCUCUGCCGGUCUCUCACGCCCAUCAGCCCAGCCAUACCCCAACGGUGGCAGCAACCGAUACAGCGUAUCAGGCAUGGCAGGUCUUGGGUCACCUGUUUCAAACGGCGGGAAGGGCCCAAGUUUGCCGGUGUCCCAGUACUCGCCCCGGAUCACAAAUGUGCCAGACAAUUCCUGGGCAUAUCAAAAGAUUUUGUUGGUCUAUGGUACAGUUGGCGACCCCUCUCAACAGUCGGUUGACGGGACAGUCACUGUGAGCCGCUUGGACGACAACUUCCCUCCAGUCUCGUGGCCAGUAUGCAACUCCCACUUCAAGGCACUUGUUUACAUGAUGCCCGGCGCCAAUCGCCUGCGCUUUGACUUCUCUAGCCCCAAGCUUGCCAACAGUGGAUCUUCCAACCCUAUUCACGCUUCCUACUUGACGGUUCAUAUGAUUCCUCCGGUUGCUGCACCACCACUGCAGCUUGCCAUACUGUUGGCAAAGGAUUCACCAGGCACGUUCGAUGCAGUCCCGGCCAGGAUCGAGAGGGAGGGUAAUGGCCUCGACACGGCGGUCCGCAAGCUCCGCAUGGCUGCGUACCUGUGGCAAGCCUUUACUGCGGAACAGAUGUGGCGCAACAAAUUCGGCCGUCGCACUUUUAGGUUUGAGGAGGAGUGGACGACAGGCACGGUCAACCAACGAGACAGGGAAAAUGGGACGAUGCGCUCCGAGGCGCGUGUUCAUGUCAUCCGAACCGACAAAACACUGGCAGAGCUACGGGAUCUGAACAGGGCACAGCAGAAUCCUAAUGCAUCCGACUCAGGGGGCCUAUAUGGCAUUGCCGCCGACGCUGUGCGCGACUAUUUCAAACCGCUACCCGGACAAAAGUUGUACGUGUCGGUUCUCCUGCUCGAUGCCCAUUGGGACACGGCCUCCAAGACAAUCGUGGGACAUGCUGCGCUGGGCGGAAAUGUUGGCGAUCUGCACCUGGGUGUGUUUGGGUCUCAUUGCCUCCAGAGCUACCCAACGAGCUUCGAGGAGGUUGUCCCUGCUUUUACCGACUGUACGCCUACAGACACGAACCAUGUGGGCAACGACUGCAAUGAUGCCGGGAGCUCGUGGGAGGCGGCCAACAUAGGAAUCGGCGCCCACAUGCACGAAACCGGGCACCUCUUUGGCUUGCCACACCAGGAGAGCGGGGUCAUGCUGAGGGACUACGUUACGCUGAAUCGUACGUUUGUCUCCCGCGAAGCAUACUCGACCCGAACGCGGUCCAAGGGCGGUCCCGUGACACAGGAGGACGAGUGCACCUGGCACCGUCUGGACUGUCUACGCUUUCGCAGCCACCCGUGCUUCCGACUGCCAAACGACAUGGUGCUGAAUUCAGAUGACAGCGUGCAGGCAUGGCCGGUAGAUGGUCUGACCGUCAUGGCAGCCACGGGUGUGUCGUUCAUCGAAAUCUUUGGCGAAGGGGAUGACGUGUGUCACAGUUGGAUCGAGUACCCCGCCGAAAAUGGCAGUGUCCAACGGUCAGUCACGCUGAGCGAGCAGGACUUGCGAAGCCGACUGCCCGAAGGCAAGCGGAAGGGACCCAUCAAGCUGGCGAUUAAGUCCCACGGCGGUGGCUCAUUGGAUAUUGACGACUACAGCAAGUUCUGUUCGACCAAGUCUUGUCUGAAACUCCCAAGCGCUCUUCCUGGGAUUCCCAAGAAUGCCUACCGUGGCAAGAAGCUGGGAGUGUCGCAACUGGAGGGUAGCCAGCCUCAUGAAUUUAUCUUCACCAGUGCUUUGAGACAAGACCGGGUCUUGUCACGUAUUAUCUUUUACCACGGCUUGGCUGUGGAUGGCUUGGAGUUUGUUUAUGACGAUGAUUCAAGACAAUUGUUUGGCAAGAGAGGCGGAAAAGAAGGGGGAGACACUUUUGAUAUGGAUAUUCGCCGUGGUGAAUACAUUACCGGCUUUUUUGUUCGCUCUGGCUUUUGGGUGGACGCUAUUCAGGUCUUAACAAGUUUGGGGAGAAGAUCGCCAUUGUUUGGUAAUGCCCACGGAGGCGAUGCCCACACACUGAUACCCCCCAGAGGCUACAACAUCUGCGGUGUCACCGGUAGCUGCGGCUCCUGGGUGGACGGCUUUUCCGUUAUCGUCACGAGAUGAUCCCUCGACAACAUGAGCAGCAGGUGAGAUUCUUUUGUGCUUCCUUGACCUGUCACUUUUUCCUAUUUUUUAACCUACGUCACCCACGAUUUUACUUAUCGUGCGAAACGCGGGACGAGGAACAAGAAACGGGGAUACUAAUCUAAUGGGUGUUACAUAUGAGGUGGCGGGCUUGGGAAAUAGACUUUUUUUUUUGUUGGGUC